UAUUUUUAAUAUUUUUAAUUCGUUUUACUUUAUUAUUCAACUACUACUUUUUGCCUACACUGCCACCCCGUCAUCAACACAUGUGCUGUAAUAUCAGCUGUUAACUGGCGCAACAUAUUCUGCCGGUGCGAGACACAAUAAUUAUGAUUUUUACAAAAAAAUAUUUAAAAUUAUUGAAUUACCGUUUAAAAUAUUUAAGAGUUCCUUGCCGCAAUGCCACACAAACUACGUCAAGUGAAUGUCCGAAUGCAGAAGUAAAAUUCUCUAACGGACGAAAUCUUAACAUAACUUCUGGGAAGUAUGCACGAUUUGCUAAUGGCACAGCGGUAUGUCAAAUGGGCGACACAGCAGUUAUGGUGACGGCUGUAGCAAAACCAAAACAAGCUCCCAGUGCAAGCUUUAUGCCAUUAGUAGUGGAUUAUCGGCUAAAAGGUUCCGCCUCUGGACGCAUACCAAUGAAUUUUAUGCGUCGUGAACUUGGGCCAUCUGAAAAAGAAAUACUAUCAGCAAGACUGAUUGAUCGUUCAUUGCGACCGCUUUUUCCAGCAGAGUUCCGUACAGAAACACAGCUUGUUUGCAAUAUGUUAGCAAUGGACGCAGUUUUUUCACCUGAUGUACUAUCGAUAAAUGCAGCAUCUGUGGCAUUAAGUCUAAGUGAUAUACCUUGGAAUGGUCCAAUUGGCGCAGUGCGUGUAGGACUUAGCGAUGGUGAGGUUAUUGUAAAUCCAACGAGAAGAGAGUUGCAAACCUCCGAUUUGGACUUAGUAAUUUCAGCUACAAAACAUAAUCUCGUCGUUAUGUUAGAAGGAAAGGGUAACGUAGUAUUGAUGCAAGAUCUACUGAAGGCUAUUAAAAAAGGCACACAAGAAGCACAGUACAUCGUGAAUGAAAUAGAACGUUUACAAAAAGCAAAUGGUCGUACGAAACGUCCAUUGGAACCACUACCAACAGUGGAUGAGGAAGUAAGUGAAGCCGUGAAAACUAUGUGCGAAAUGCGUUUACGUGAUAUAUUUCAAGAUCAAAUGCAUGACAAAAUAUCACGGGAUAAUGCGGUAAAUGCAGUGCGUACAAACGUUAUCGAUAAAGUGUGGUCUUCAUUCCCUCAUAUUGAACCAACACUCAUUGGAGAUGAAUUUAAUAAGAUUAGUAAAAACAUAUUUCGAAAUUUAAUAUUUGAAGAAAAUAAAAGGUGUGAUGGCAGAAGUUUCGAUAAUCUCAGAAACAUCAGUUGUCAGGUUGACUUGUACAAACCGUUACAUGGAUCUGCACUGUUUCAGCGUGGACAAACGCAAGUGUUUUGUACUGUAUCAUUGGAUUCUCAGGAAAGCGCUAUGAAGUUAGAUACCCUAUCAGCCUUAGAAACUGGUUUAAAGGCCAAAAAUUUCAUGCUACAUUAUGAAUUCCCACCGUAUGCUACAGGUGAAAUUGGACGUAUUGGACCUGUUGGACGGCGUGAGCUUGGUCAUGGUGCUUUAGCUGAACGUGCUUUAUUGCCUACGCUACCACACAAUUAUCCUUUUACAGUACGUCUAACUUCCGAAGUGUUAGAAUCGAAUGGUUCAAGCUCGAUGGCUACUGUAUGUGGUGGUUCAUUGGCUCUAAUGGAUGCCGGGGUACCUGUUGUUGCUCCAGCCGCUGGUGUAGCUAUUGGCUUAGUGACCAAAUAUGAAAAUAAUGACACUAAACACAUGAAAGAUUAUCGUAUAUUAACUGAUAUUUUGGGUAUUGAGGAUUAUAUGGGCGAUAUGGAUAUGAAAGUUGCAGGCACACGUAAGGGCUUUACUGCCAUACAAGCAGAUCUAAAAGUUCCUGGUAUACCAUUAAAAGUAGUUAUGGAAUCUUUACAAAAAGCUACAGACGCAAAAGGAAAAAUACUAGAUAUUAUGGGUGAAGUUAUAAGAGAACCAAGAAAAUAUCGUAAGGAUUGCUGGCCAGUUACAGAACGCAUAUCGAUCGAGCCACAACAGCGUGUAAAAUUAAUUGGUCCAAGUGGCAUGAAUAUUAAACGCAUUUAUUUGGAAACUGGUACCACGAUAACAGCAGAAGAUGAAACUUCGUUUUCCCUAUUCGCACCAUCUGAAGCAGCUAUGGAUGAGGCAAAAGAACAAAUCGAUGCCUUACUUGUGAAGGACACCAUACCAGACUUAGAGUUUGGUGGUAUUUAUACUGCUAAAAUCACAGAAAUACGAGAUACGGGUGUAAUGGUUAGUUUAUAUCCUAAUAUGCCACCAGCAUUGCUACAUAAUUCUCAAUUAGACCAAAGAAAGAUUGCUCAUCCCUCCGCUUUGGGUUUAGAAAUUGGUCAAGAAAUUCAAGUUAAAUAUUUUGGACGUGAUCCUGUAUCAGGAUUUAUGCGACUUUCACGUAAAGUUUUACAAUCAACUACGGCUGGCAUACUACGUAGCUUAAAUAAAGCAAAUGAAAAUACGUAGCGUUAUUUAUAUAUAUUAUAUUUAUAAAUAUAUGAUAAAUUAUA